GUGGGCGGGGUCAUGAGGUGUGUGGGCGUGUUCUGUUGUCGGGGCGCUCCAGUGGCUCGUGCUGGGUUGUGGAAGCAGGGCAGACUGCACAGAAAACAUGAAGGCUGUUAUUCUGGCUGCUGGCUAUGGUACAAGAUUGAAUCGUGACCUACAGAAUGAUAGCAGUGGACAUUUCAAACAUCUCUGUGGCAUUCCCAAGCCCCUCCUACCAGUAGGAAAUAAGGCACUUAUCAGCCAUUGGAUGUCAGCAAUAGAAAAAAUUGACUGCAUUGAUGAAGUUUAUGUUAUUACAAAUGAUCUUUAUUAUGUGAAGUUUGAAGAAUGGGCAAAGGAGUUUCAACUAGUUAAAGUUCUAAAUGAUGGAACAAGAAGCAAUGAGGAACGGCUGGGUGCUGUAGCUUGUCUUCAACUUGCCAUUACUCAGUUUAACAUCAAUGAUCAUGUAUUGGUCCUAGGCGGUGACACACUAUUCUAUGAAGACUUUAGCCUAUCUGUCGUUCUUGCACGAUUCACUGAGUUGCAGAGUAUUAAUUGUGACAACAAUUUGGUUCUAUCUUACCUUUGCAAAGAUGAAGCAGAAACAACAAAGUUUGGAAUUUUAGAAACUGAUGAAGAGUUCCAAGUAACUGCAUUUAAAGAAAAACCCAACUCAACUGAAACAACAUCUCGCAGAGCUUGUCCAUGCUUCUAUAUAUAUUCAAAAAGCACAAUACCUCUGAUUGCAAAAUUUCUUCAAGAAAAACAAAAUUCACCCUUGGAAGAGAAGGAUGCACCUGGCCAUUACUUACUUUGGGUCUACUCAAGCACGUAGAUGCUAGCCUCCAGUGACUUGUGGACAAGGAGACUUAUUUUUGUGGACACAUACACUUCCCAACUUAUCACCACUUCUAUUUUUUUUCAACUAAAGUUAAUACAUUCCCACUUAUUUAUAUUUUAUUCCACUUGCAUUUUCAAACCUGGGGAUCUGAGAACUAAGUUGACAAGUAACUGUUCCUCCUGCAUCUCCAUGCCAAAGAUGGCCCAACCAUGUCUUAUGCUAUGUAAACUGGUGACUCUUUUUCAAUUCUU